UGAAAACGUCCUUAGGCGACGCCGCUAUGAGAUCCGGCUGGGCGGCUCAGAAGCGGCGGCUGCGGGCCGAAGAGGGCGACGUGGCCACCAAGAGGACCUCCGGGCAGGGCGCCGGGAUGGUCAAUUUCUGUCCACAAUGUGGACAGAAAGUUGAGGAAAUGUUUCACUUCUGUCCGGCCUGUGGAGGCCGGCUUCCGGUUCCAGAAGAAGAGCCCAUGCAGAUCACUCCAUCUCCUUCUUUAAAAGAAUUAAACGAGGGCAUCCAGGUUGAGCUGCCGCUCUUGCCUCAGAAGAAAAAGGUGCAGAUAGUUUUUCCGAAAAAGGAAAUGUCUUCAACUUUUGUCAAAGCUCCUCCCAAGAGCUCAACGGCAUCCGUUUCUCCAAAGGCAAAAGGAAAGACGGCUUUCCGCUCACCGAAGAAGGAAAGAUGCCCUUGCGUGAAGCCUCUCCCGGAGCGUGAAAUCUUGACAGACCUGAACGAUAAAAAGUGGAUGAUUUCAAAGCUUCUGAGCCAGUCGGAUCGUGGGCUGAUCUAUGAAGGUGUCUGUCUGUCUGUCUUUGUCCAAGAACUUCAGCGCUACCUGUUCCCUUUCUUUUCUCAGGAUGCUAAAGAGGGAAAGCUGUUUAACGAACAGAACUUUCUACAGCGAGCCGCCAAGAAAGUCGCAGUGGAGAAGUGGAAGAAGCAAUAUUUAAUGCCGUUCCUGGGGAUACCUGAAUGUGUUGGUUUUGGCGUCCAUGAGAACAGCUACAGGUUCCUGGUCUUUCCCGAAUUGGGUCGAUCUCUUCAGUCAAUCCUGGACGACAACAAAAACCAGAUGACGGAGAAAGCUGUAUUGCAGUUUGCAGUCAGGCUGCUUGACGUCCUGGAAUAUCUUCAUGAAAAUGAGUAUACUCACGGGGAUCUGGCUGCUGAAAACAUAUAUGUGAAUCCGGCUGAUCUUACUGUGGUUACUUUAGCAGAUUUCAGCUUCGCCUUCCGAUACAGCCCUGGAGGGAAACACGUGCCGCAGAGGGAAUGCAGUCGGACUCCUCAUGAAGGCACCUUGGAGUUCAUCAGCCUGGACAGCCACAGGGGAGCUGCUCCGUCCCGUCGAAGUGACCUUGAAUCCUUGGGUUACUGCCUGGUAAAGUGGCUGUGGGGUGCCCUUCCCUGGUCUGCAGACCUGACAGAUCCCUGCGUGGUCACAGAGGAAAAAGAGAGGUGCAAAGUGGAUGUUAUCAAAAAUCCAAGACUGUCCUCUGGCUGGGGAGCCUUACCAGAAUCCAUACAGAAAUACCUGCAACAAGUAAUGACUUUGGAAUAUGAAGAAAAACCAAACUACGAAGAACUGCGAAUGUUAUUUACGAGGCCUCUUCAGCUGAUGAGAGCAUCGGCCUAUGACUCAGUGGACCUCAGAGUAGCACCCUAGCUUUCAGAAAAACUGAAUAAGAAGAGAAAUGAAGAACAAGAAUGAGCUUUACGGGUCUUGAAAAAUGCACUUAAGAGUCGAACUCACUGGAAUGUCUUCACAUUGGAACAGUUGGCAACGUGGUUGGUGUGUGCGUUUGCUUUUUAUUUCCAAUUUUUAAUAAGAGAGGGAAAGUGGUUUUCUUGGAAAUGCUGUUAGGGUUUUGCUGUGACCUAUAGCAAGCUAAAGAUUUAUCCAGGGACAUAAUUUAAUUUAAUGAAUUCUGGCAAAUCUUCCUUUGAUAAAUGAUUAGUUACACAUUUAAUUUAUAAAGAGUUGUUGUCCAAAUAUUCAACUCAAACCCUGAACCUUUAAAAAAAAGUGGGGGGGGGGAGAAGGAUUGUAAAUAUUUUAAUUUUGUUUUUAAUCUUGCUUUUAGUGUCUUGAAAAGUUCAUUGUAUUCUAUUGCAUAAAUAUUUUAUUCUAUUAUUUUAUCUCUAGUUUAAAGGGUGCUUUGUCAGGCAGAAGGACUGAGAAAAAGGUUUUAAUCUUUUUAACGUGUGCUUUGUUGAUUUUGUAGUAAAAAGUUGUACGG